AUGCCCGUCGCGCUCACAGAACUGGACAACCAGGACCGACACAACAACAUGACCGUCUUACAAAGAGUACGUUUUACGAAGAAUCUUGCAUAAUCGAAUUGUCCCAUUACAGCUCCAGUUGCAAUACGCCCGUCGGGAGUGUGAGGAAGUGAUUGGAGUUCUGGUGAGUUCUGCUUUGACUUCUCAAGACAGACUUGUCGCGGUCCGGAAAAAACCAGUUACUGAAAAAUCGGUUAUUCUUUCCAAAAUUGUUGCAAUGCUUUUCCAGGAAGCAUCAGAAGUCGAUUUGGAGAAUCGUUUCUACCGCGCCCAAAAAAGGAGAUUCGCCCUUCUUCGAGUGUUGCUCGUUUUUGGUGGCCGUCGUUAUUCCGCGCACGAUCAAGCGGGAAUCGCCCGUCUUCUGACACGUCUCUACGAAGUCUGGGACAUUUGCGUGCGCGAGACACCUUGA